AUGGGUAACAAGUCGAAAGCUAAGCGUGAGGACCAGGACAGCGGUCCUCAGGCCAAGCGUGCUAAGCACGAGAAGCCCAGCGCCGUGGAUUUCAUGUACAAGGGGAAAGCCGGUGGACGCGACUGGACCCUUUCCGUAGCCCUUCCGGCAAGCAUAGUAGCCAAUGCGCAGAGUCAUGAACUGCGGUCCUACCUGGUCGCACAGAUAGCACGAGCUUUGACGAUCUACGGCGUUGAUGAAGUAGUACUCUACGAAGAUCAAGAGGAGUUAGUCCAGCAAGGACCGGGAGGAGACGAUAGUUCCUGGAAUUCCGGUGGAGCAUGGAAUGAUAAUUCUUGGGGAAAUGACAAGAGCUGGGGCAACGACACCAAAAAAGACAAGGAGACGAAUAGCUCCACUUCUUCUACUUCAUCCACCACCUCAAAACAAGCGGAAGAGCAAGCUUUUAGUUGGGCCAUGAAUUUCUUCGCUCUGAAUUUGCAAUACCUCGAAACCCCACAAUAUCUGCGCAAGAUUUUAUUCCCGAUGCAUUCGGAUUUGAAAUUUGCGGGAGUACAGAACCCCUUAGAUGCACCACAUCAUCUGCGGAAAGGCGAGAACAUCCAGUUCAGAGAGGGUGUGAUUCUCGUAGAGAAACAUCACCCGUAUACGAAGCCGAAAAAAGACGGUGUCUUUGUCUGCUGCGGUCUGGACGAGCCAGUCUGGAUAGAAGAUGGCUGUGGCGCGGAAGAAGGCGUUAGGGUACUAACAGAAUCGAAUUUUUUGAUCGAUGGUCAUCGUGUAAUACCAACCAAUGUGAUGUUGCUUUUCUUAAGGUAGUCUUGUUGCAUCAUGCUUCUCUUUUUCUCUUCCUCUCUCUCGCAGGCCCAGGUCUGUCCCCUCUCAGCUGAGAGUCUGUUCAUCGGUGUUUCUCUUACCCAGCUUUUUACCCGAUUCUUCUCAACGGAUCUGUCACCAGGUAACGGUGCGUCUGAAUCAGGAGGAUUUUCGUUACGGUGAGCUCGUUUCUCCCUCAGUCCCUAGAGAAGAGCUGGGCAUCUACUGGGGCUAUCACACGCGGACAUGCCGCUCUCUCCAAGAGGUUUUCACGCAAAAGCCUUUUUGGUGCGAACAAGAUGAGGAACAACCAGUAAGCAACAAAGGAGCCGCUCUGAUUUCCAAAAGGAGACAAAAGAUGAAUUUUUCCUUUCAUCCUUUCGAGAACUACGAUCUAGUUUUGGGGACGAGUGAACGAGGUCGGGAUAUGGGAACGGAGUUUUCCACUAAGAAGAAACUCCAAUUCAAGCAUUGCCUAGUCCUUUUCGGCUCUCUAGGAGGACUCGAAGCCGUCAUGAAGGACCCGAUCUUCGUCAAACGAGAGCAGGAGUCACAGCUCGCCGGGAAGAAAGAAGAAGAUAACAAGUGGUCAGUGUCUAAGAACCCCAGACAGAUCUGCCACCACUACUUGAACACCUGCCCUCACCAGACCAGUCGCACGAUUCGAGCGGAAGAGGCGCUACUAAUCACUCUCUCUUCUCUAGACCGCUUCUUGGAGAAAGCAUAGGGCAGAAGUGGAGCGUAUAGCUUCAGUCUUAAAGAAGUCGGCGCGCAACUAGAUUUCUGGAAAUAGUACAACAGGAGGGACAAAAUAAGUGGUGAAAACCUAAGCGUUUAGACACUCGCUUUUCGGGAAAAGCUUUUCUUGUUGAAACACGUCACAAGUGCACAUUGAUAGAUAAGAAGUUGUUGCAAUAUUUUCAUCUGAGCACUAACUACAACUAUUCAACAUGUAGAACUAGAACUUCUUCAAGUUCAUCAUCAU